UACGUACGUACACACCAUGAGCUCUAGUCAUCGAUCAUGGCGGCCAUCACCACCACCAACAACGACGACGAGGUGCUGCUGGCCUCCGCCCGGCCGUUCCUCCGCGGCGAGCUCGAGGCGGUUGACCCGGCGCUGCCGGGGCUCGCCGCCGUGCUGCGCGCGGCGGGCGCCGGCGAGUGCUACCACAAGCACGGCACGUUCCUGGCGCACCUCCUGGACGUGUACCGCAUCCUCCGGCUGUGGGGCGCGCCCGACGCCGUGGCGCGCUGCGGCCUCUUCCACUCCUCCUACUCCAACUCGUACGUCAACCUCGCCAUCUUCCACCCCGACACGGGCCGCGCCCACGUCCGCGCCAUCAUCGGCGCCCCCGCCGAGCGCCUCGUCCACCUCUUCUGCGUCGUCCCGCGCCACCGCAUCAUCCACGACGACCUGCUCUUCCACUACACGGACCAGGAGCUCAGGGACCACCUCAGGGAAUCAUCGUCUUCCUUGGAUCCCAGCUCAGCAGAGCCGGAUGAUGAGCUGCCGGCAUGGCGGCGCAAGCUGCGGUCCCUUGUCCCGGCGGAGGGCGUGGUGGCGAGGCACAUCCGCACGGGGGAGCCGGUGGCGCUGCCGCGGCGGGUGCUGGCGGCCUUCCUCCUCAUGACCGUGGCGGACUUCAGCGACCAGUACACGGACUACCAGGACGACCUGUUCGGGAAUGAGGACGGCCGCCUCGAGUUCGCCGGCGACAACUGGGGAGCGCUGUGGCCCGGCACCGGCAAGCCGGGGCUCUGGGUCAGCGCCAUGUCGAGGAUGGCGGCGCUCUACAACCUCAUCGCCAGGGACGACAAGCUGCUGCGUCGUCGUCGUCGUACUGCUGGUGGUGCCGGUGCCGGUGCCGGUGCCGGUGCGGGUAAUAAUAAUGAUAAUAAUAAUAAUAAUAAACACCACCACCACGACGACGACGAGCUGGUGAUCCCACCGGUGUUCGAGGGGUGCACCCGCGUGCUGGACCCGGAGGAGCAGAAGGCGGCGAGGGACCUCUACUGGGAGGCCAUCACUGCUGGGAAGCAGCAGCAGAGAUCAGCGGCAGCAGAAGGGUUGCUGCGGGAGAGCAUCCGGAAGAACCCCUUCGUGGGGGAGCCGCACCUGGUGCUGGCGCAGGUGCUCCUCAACGGCGGCCGGUACGAGGCGGCGGCGGCGGCGGCGGCGCGCGGGGUGCGGCUGCUGCUCGAGUGGGGGAGCAGCUGGGACAAGCGCAUGUCCUGGGAGGGAUGGGUGUCGUGGGGAAGGCUGAUGAGGGACAAGGCACGCCGCAGGGAGUGGCCGCGCACCGCUUGGGGAAUCAUCAACCUCGGCCUCGUCGAGGGAGUCGCCGCAAAUGCCAACUAGCUAGUAGCUCAUCAUCCAUCUCAUGCAGCAGGAUCAUCAUCAAGGAUCCAUCCAUCUAUAGCUACUGCUACUACUACUAUUUAAAACAAACUAUCCAUCCAGAAUUAAUUAAAUAAAAUAAUAAUCCCAUCAAAUGAAAUCCUAGUAUGUAUGUAUGUAUGCAUGCAUGUACUUUGAGUACUAGUAGUAAUCGUCAACAAAUUCAAGGGAAUAAUGAAUAAUGAAUUUGAAUAGCAGCACCAGCAGCAGCACCAAUGUAUGGUACUCUGUGUCGUCGUUAAUAUAAUGGACGUUGAUAUGGCAGAUUAGAUUAUAUUUGGGGCUUUUUUUGGUUCCUCCAUGACGAUCCUGUUGCUAGUAUUUUUUUUUGAGAAAAUCCUGUUGCUAGUAGAAACCACCAGAAAGGCAGAAACCACCAAGCAACUAGCAGGCCACAAUAUACAACAUGGGCCGCCUCUCUUCUUAGUUCCUACCCACCCCAAAUAUUAGUCUCCACAUGACUUGCUGUACUUGUCCAAAUAAUAAUGCGAAACUAUUACUAACUUUUA